AUGUAAGGAAUAAUUGAGACAGAUCCUAAAAUUAUAUUGGAAUUUAUGGCUGAAGAGAAUAGAUUUGCUCAUGCUUAAUUAACACUACAAAAUUUAUAGUCACAACCUGUUGCAUUUAAAGUAAGUGAUCUUUUGAUGAGUUUAGAUUAAAACUACAGUUCCCUAAAUGUUUUAAGUAAAACCCAGUGUUGGUUUUAUAGAGGCCGAUCGAUCAACGAUUGUGGAGAUAUCUACAACCUAUGCAAAACAGUUUAAGACAAAUAUUCCAUUUCAAUAAGGUGA